AUGGAUAAUGUUGAAUUAAAUAAUGAAAAUAAAGAUGAAUUAGAAAUAGUAAAUCUCAUGGUAAAUGAUAUUAUAAUGGCUCUUCAAAAUUCAGUAGAUCUAUCAGAUCCGGUAUUUGGAACAAAUAAUAAUCAAGAAGAAAUUAUAUUGUUCAAUAGAGAAAAAACAAAUAUAAAAUUUAAGUAUAUGUCAUUAGUUCAGGAUGCAUUAGGUGAUAAUGAUUU